AUGCAUACGUCGAGUGCUGACAUGCGUACAUCGAGUGCUGACAUGCGUACAUCGAUUGCUGACAUGCGUACAUCGAGUGCUGACAUGCGUAUAUCGAGUGCUGACAUGCGUACAUCGAGUGCUGACAUGCGUACAUCGAGUGCUGACAUGCGUACAUCGAUUGCUGACAUGCGUACAUCGAGUGCUGACAUGCGUACAUCGAGUGCUGACAUGCGUACAUCGAGUGCUGACAUGCGUACAUCGAGUGCUGACAUGCGUACAUCGCGUGCUGACAUGCGUACAUCGAGUGCUGACAUGCGUACAUCGAGUGCUGACAUGCGUACAUCGAGUGCUGACAUGCGUACAUCAAAAACUGACAUGCGUACAUCGAGUAUUGACAUGCAAACAUCAAGUACUGACAUGCGUACAUCGAGUACUGACAUGCAAACAUCGAGUGCUGACAUGCGUACAUCGAGUACUGACAUGCGUACAUCGAGUACUGACAGCGUACAUCGAGUACUGACAGCAUACAUCGAGUACUGA